UUUUCUACUGUGAGGAGCUUUAUAAGUCAGGGUCCUGGUGCUUCUCUGCCGAGACAUUAAAGACGACCCUGCUGUGUGCGGAGUCACCUUGCCGUUCUUGUUGGGACAGGAGCACUCGCACAUAAUUAGCAGGUGGUCCCCUCUGCAGCUUUGCAUACAGACCUGUGCGUCAGCGGCUGCACAUCUCAAAGAAAGCCUGACUUGCCGGGACUCCUACCUGUCGAACAUGAGGAUGCUCUGGCUGAGUCUCCUGACCUUUAUGAUGCCUGGCAGGACUCCUGUCAUGGCCUUGCCUCUCCGAAGCCCAGACCUGCCUAUGCGACCCCAUGCUGGACCAUCAGAGGCUGACCAGGAGUUUGCAGAGGCAUAUCUACGGCACUUCUAUGGCUACGAACACAAGUCAGAGAGACGGAGGAGGGCUGCAGACACAGAUGUAGAUGCUGACUGGACGACUGGGCUCUGUGAUAAGGUCGAGAAGAUGCAACGCUUCUUUGGUUUGCCUCCAAGUGGAGAGCUGACUAAAGAGACUCUGGCGGUCAUGAAGAGGCCGCGCUGUGGACUGUCAGAUGUGGAACGAUUUGGAGAGACAAUUCGCUGGAAGAAGAAAACCCUCAGCUACAGGAUAGCUGGCUACAACCUGUCCAUCCCAGCCUCGAAGGUGCACAAAGUCUUCAGAGCGGCAUGGAAGCUCUGGUCCAACGUCACACCGAUGAAAUUUCGCAAGCGGAGCAGGAAAGAGGCUGACAUUGUCAUCUCCUUCCACAACGGCGACCAUAAGGAUGGCUCACCUUUUGAUGGCAAAGGAGGAAUCCUGGCUCAUGCCUUUCUGCCUGGGUAUGGCAUUGGUGGAGACGUGCACUUUGAUGCUGAUGAAGAUUGGAGCUUCAACUCUACUGGUUUCAACCUGUUUGCCGUGACAGCCCAUGAAUUUGGCCACGCACUUGGCCUGCCCCACUCACCUGACCCCGGAGCUAUCAUGUACCCAGCGUACAGCUUCGCCCCCAGCUAUGAGCCCCAGCUCUCCUUCCGCGAUGUCAAAGACGUCCAACACCUGUACGGUGUCAGUCCCAAUUUCGCUUCAUUAUUCUCAAAAAAACCUCCUCCAAGAACACCGGACAAGUGUGAUCCACAUUUGUCCUUUGAUGCUGUGACAGAAUUACAGCAGGAGGUCCUGUUUUUCAAAGACAGAUUUAUGUGGCGCAAACAUCCUCAGUUUGAUGAAACUGGAAUCACCCUGAUCAGCAGCCUGUGGCCGGACAGCGUGCCUUCCUACCUGGAUGCUGUCUAUGAGAAUGUGGAUAAGAAUUUAGUUGUGUUUUUCAAAGGUCAUCAGUACUGGAUGCUGAGGCAGUUAAUAGUUGAGGAGGGCUUUCCAAGAAACAUCUCCGACUUGGGCUUCCCCUCCAGAAUAAAAUCCGUCGAUGCUGCUCUUCACUUUAGAAACGACCGCUACACUGUGUUCUUCACUGGCCAUGAGUGUUGGAGGUACAACGAGCAGCAGAAGAUGAUGGAAGGCCCGGCAGCACUUAUAGAGCAGGAGUGGCCGGGGCUUCCAACUCCAAUCGAUGCAGCUGUCGUCUAUGAUGGAUUUGUGCACUUCUUCAAGGGGAACGUCCACUACAAAUAUGACUCCAACUCCAAACACGUGGUCUCCACCAGCCCCGCUAAUGAGCUGCUGGAAUGCAAAGAGAGGAACGACAACCAAAUACUGUGACGUUGAAGGGAGAUGGCUGAAGGCGCUCCGUGUAGCCUGAUGUCGAUGGUGAUGUGUGUAGACACAAAGUUUUGCAAAACCAUAUGUUCAGCAAUAACCGCAAUGUCACUACGGUAAUACAAAAUUGGGAACUGAUGAAUAAUUCAGGAAACUGGUUAAAAGUGUUUCCUCACUGUGUAAUACAGUGUUGUAAUAAUGGCAUUUGUACCUUGUAUUAAAUGUGUUUGAUUCAAAUGUUGCUGCUAGUGUGUGUGUGUGUGUGUGUGUGUGUGUGUGUGUGUGUGUGUGUUGGGCGUGUGUGGGUGUGUGAAAUAUCUCCAUUUGUAAUGCAUGAUGCCUUUUUCUUCUAAAGCUACUCAACAAAUGUAAAAUGUAUUUUAUGGGUCUGCCUUUGCAUCGCUGUGACACUGGGAUCUACUGGUCCUGAUUUUAGGCCAGAAUGGUUCAAGAUUUCUAUUUUUCACGAUUAAAAAAGUUUAUUUUCUAUUGCAACA